CAUCACCCAACAGAGGCAGCUGUUCUCCAGGCAGGAAAGGAAGGUCAGGCAGCAGGACAGGAUGAUCAGCAGCCACGAGAACAAGAUCCUCCAGAUCAACAUCAAAAACAGCCAGCAGGACAUCUUCUACAGCCAGCAGGAACAAGAGAACCACUUCCAGAGUCGCAUAUUGGAAACUCACAAUGACACCCUGCAAGCAAUCAAUGAGUGGAAUGACCACCAAGAUGAGAUGCUCCGAGACCACAACAGGACUAUUGUGUCAACGUCCUUGAAGAACAUUGCCCAGGACAAGCUGCUCACGAGGCACAUCCAGAAGAUCAUCCAGCACGAGCAGCAGAACAGCCGCCAGGAGAACAUGCUCAGCGACCAUGACAACAAGAUCACCGUCAUCAAGCGUGAGAACGUCGAGCAGGGGCGUCUCCUGGGAAGACACAAUGCGGAAAUAGGAAGAAUGGAGGCAAGGACAGACCAGCACGGCACCAUGCUGAAGGACCACGACAGCUCGAUUAAGGAAGACAAGAAGAUGAUCUCCAAGCAUGAGAACAUGAUUGGGGAGCAUGAGAAGAAGCUGCUCAGGUCAGAGCGAUCAAUGUCUCUGCAAGGAGACAUGCUGCUCCAAGUCAACGGCACCAUCAACAGCCUUCAAGACAAGAACUAUCAGCAGGACAGUGUGCUUUACAAUCACGAAAGGGUCAUCACCGAUGUCAAAUCAAACAGUGACAAGCAGAAGACAACAAUCCGUGACUUCGAGGGCAGGCUGCAGGACCAAGAGAGAGAUGUAGGAAAGAAUUCAGAGGCUCUGAACAAGGUCAACUCUCGAAUCCUCCAGUUCAACCUGCAAAACAGCCAACAGGACAUCGUGCUCAACCAACAUGACAUCAAGAUUGUUGGAGAGGGUGAGAGGAAUGACGCCCAAGAUAAGGCGCUCCAACGUCAUGAUGACAUGCUCCAGAAACAGGAGGAAAUGAUGCAGGCCAUUCGGCUCAAAGAUUCACAGCAAGGCACCUCUAUGGAUGCGUACACAAGUCGACUUGGGAUGCUGCAGCGUGAGAAGAACGAACACGCCAUCUUCUUGGGUCAGUUCAAGACCAAGAUGACGGAGCUUCAGAGGAUGACAUCUGAUCAAGGAGUGCAGAUGGACGAGUACAAGAACAGAGUUGGACAGCUGGAGGACAUGCAGAAGACCACACUGAAGGACCAUGACGACAGGAUCAAAGAGGUUGCUAAAAGGGCAGCAACCGUCAAGAAUAGGGUUGAUGACCUAGACAAGAGAACAUUCGAAAAGGACACAAAACAUGACAUCUUUUUGGACAACUACAGCAAGAAGAUCAACAGCGUGCACGAGAAGACAAAGGUGUUGGAGAGGAUGGAAAAGAAGUCGGAAGUCUUCAUCAACCAUCAUCACCAGAUGCUGUCUGAGCUCGUGGAGAAGUCUGUAGAACUGACAAACAAGACCGUGGACCACGAUGGACAAAUUGCCUACAACCAGAUGAAGACCAACCAACAUGACAAGACGCUUGGCCUCCACGGCAGUCAGAUUACCAGAAUAAGGGAUCGGCUGGAGAAUGCCACCCUGGACUUUGACAUUAAGUACACAGAUCGAGUUCAGGACUGCUCAGACCUUUACAAAAGGGGCUAUGUCCUCAGCACAGAGUACACAAUCCCUGGCUACAAGGACGCGUACUUUGAUGUCCACUCCCUGAAGGUCUUCUGUGACAUGACCAAUGAUGGAGGAGGCUGGACCGUCAUCCAACGUCGUGCCGAUGGCUCCGUGGAUUUCAAUCGCGACUGGAGGGCGUACAGGGACGGUUUCGGUGACAUAAAGGGAGAGUACUGGUUAGGAAAUGCCCACGUCUACCGCCUCACAAACCAGCGUGCGUACAAGCUGCGAAUCGUCAUGACGGACUGGGCAGGAGACCAGAGGUUCUCGGAGUACCAAACCUUCCGGAUUGAGGACGAGAAGGAUUCCUUCCGUGCGCGCAUCGGCCAAGCAAUCUCCAACGUUGUCCCAUCUGGCCACUUCAUCAUGCCAAAUGAAGAGUUCACAACGAAAGAUGUUGACCACGAUUCGUACAGUGGAAACUGCGCUGACUCUCACUCCGGUGGUGGAUGGUACACCAACUGCGGUGUCUCCGGCAAUGUCAAUGGCAGGUACUACAGACCAGGGGAGGUGAACUCAAUUAAUGCAGCCACUGGAAUUUUCUGGUACCACUGGCAUGGCAUGCAAUAUUCCAUGAAGAGUGCAGUCAUGAAGAUCCGACCUGCGGACUUUGAAUGGGAGAUGGCAACAAACCAGUGAAAAACAAAAUGUAGCAAUAGAAAAGAUAGGUCUAAAUACAGCUAUUGAAAUAAGUGCAAGUACAGGUAGAAAGAGUUCAAAUUCGAUAUUACAUUUAUAAUUCUUCUGGUGAUAAGCUUCAUUAAGCAAUCUUACCUGACCUGAGACAUACCUUGUGUCAGGCCAUUCAUAGUCAACAUGGGCUUAAGAAUAAACUAGUGGCAUAACUAAAGAUGGCUCAUCCCUCCUUUGAAAGACUCAAGCUCUGUCACCUUGUGUUACACCCUAGAGAGGCACAGGCAAGUUCCUGUUUAGACUAGUCUUCACGUCAGAAGCCAUGUUUCUGGUCCUUUUUGACUGAUCAUCUGGCAUAGGUCACAAAAGUGGCUCAAUGUUGAUCUAUUAAGACAUCCAAAGACAUGGCUCAGGUCCUGACUUGAAUCGGGACGUGACCAAAGUCACAACAUGUGGGCAAAAACUUUCCUCUCAACUUACUAGAACUGCUGACUGUGCAGUUUCAAGAAAUCAUUAUGGGGUCUAAUGUAUAGAAAUGGAUCCUACAUGUACAACUGUGCCUUAAUGCUAGUGGUCUGUAGAAAUGAGUCCCUUCAAUUUAAUUUCAUGAGUGGAUAGCAUACUAAAUUUGGGGAUGUUUUGGUCGUUGUCUAAUCAUACAGGGAGUAUGCAAGAAAGAAGAUUUUUAUCACAUUCUGGAAAAUGUGGAGUUCAAAUUUGCAGUCAGGGAGCCAAUGAAUGUUUUAGUAUUUGUCCUGUUGCAUAGGAAAGCAGUAGUAUCGCUUUUACUAUCAUAAAAUGUGCUAUCAAAAUAACUGAUUUUAUCCAUACAACAAAACAUAGGUAUACCUACUGAUUUGCAUAGGCAUUUGAGUCUGUACAUCAUAUUAUAGAAAUUACUAAGUUUCAUAUUACUAAUUACUGAUUGUGGAAGUUGUAAUUGAAGGGUAACUUGCUAAUAAAAUUAAAGUAAACUUGA